ACAAUGUAAUUAAUAUUUAUGAGCUACGCAUUCGUCCCGCCCCGCUCGCAGUGCAUGCCGGAUGAUGCGGAAGUAGCGGUGCACGUUGACAUUGCGGAGCGUCCGAUCCUCGCGUUAGACGCAGAAAGGACUGGUGUUCAUCAUGGGUGCAUCCGUAUCCAGUCUUGCCCCCAAUAUUCUAGCAGAGUCUUCAAUGUCAGUGCCUCAUUUUGGUGGGGCGUCCCCACCCCCUGGGUGUCCCAUGCAUCAAGAGCCCCCUAAAAGCUCUCCGCCUCCUGAGUGCCCGAUGCAUCAGGCUCAGACGCCGCCGGCCGGCCCAGCGCAUCAGGAGAGAGCUUAUGAGUUUGUCGAAUGUCCAAUGAGAGCUUCUGAAGGUUCCAUCGAUCCCGCAAACAUGAUGUCCCCUCCAAACCAGGUGCCCGCCCCGGACCAGCCGUUCCAUCUGUCCGUGAAAAGAGAGGAGUCUAAAAUCCCACGAUCAGGCACAGGCCAGAACUGGGUCUAUCCAUCUGAACAGAUGUUCUGGAAUGCCAUGCUGCGGAAGGGGUGGCGCUGGAAGGAUGACAGUCUUGCUCCAGAAGACAUGACCAAUAUAAUCCAGAUCCACAAUCGUAACAACGAUCAAGCCUGGCAGGAAAUCCUGAAGUGGGAAGCGCUGCAUUUCAGCGAGUGUCCAUGCGGUCCAUCUCUGAAGAGAUUCGGGGGCAAAGCCAAAGAGUUCUCGCCCAGAGCCAGAAUACGUCAUUGGAUGGGAUAUGAAUUGCCUUUUGACCGACAUGAUUGGAUCGUAGAUCGGUGCGGAAAGGAAGUCCGAUACGUCAUUGACUAUUAUGAUGGGGAUGUUAAUAAAGACACCUACCAGUUUUCCAUCCUGGAUGUGCGUCCAGCCAUCGACUCUCUAGAGGCUGUCUGGGAUCGGAUGAGGGUGGCCUGGUGGCGCUGGACAUCAUAGAAUCCAUCACAACACAGUUUUAACAUUUCUGCACCAUUAUAAUACAUCACAGACUAUUUGGUACCAAUAUACUAGAAUCUGUGUGCUCAACUUCAUUGAGUUCUGACUGUAAACAUGAAUCUUAGCAAAUUAUUGCACAUUGAGGGACUUAAAGGUUGUGAGUGCACAAAGAAUCAGUGUUUUUUCUUCUGGUGAGGUUCUGAAUUCAUCAUGAGCUAGCAUUUCUUUUACUGCGUGUUGAGUGAAGGUUAUCAAACUGGAAGCUUGCUAUCUGAUCUUACUCAGUGGUUAAACAUAUCCGCUGGUUGUUUUUCUCUCGCAAAGAAAGAUUAUUGAGUGUUUUAGUUCACGUCGAGAGCAACUGGCAGCUGUUAGCAUUUGUAACCAAUGGUUUGUUGGUCUUCACUUUUGAAUGUCAUUGAUUUUGAUGAAGCAUAUGAAAUAAUCGGUUUCUCUUCCAUAUUCAUCUUGCUGUCGGCUUUUUACUGUUUGGGUUUAUUUAUUUUGCACAAACGGCUUCAUUAUUGUGUGUGUGUGUGCUUAAGUGUUGCUAAUUAUGUUCUCUUUAAGUGAAAGUGUUUCUGAAAUAUUUCCCCCCGAUUUCUCUGAUUAAAUGUCAUUUGUUUUAGAUAUGACCUGCAACAAACUAUUAAUCCAACUUUCAAAAGCUGAUUAUUGAGUGUUUUAUCUCAUGUUGAGAGCAAUUGUAAGCUGUUAGCAUUCACAGCUCUGCAAAAUGUUUUUUUUUUUUUUUUUAAGUGGGUUUACUUAUUUUGCUCGAACUGCUUCAUUAUUGUGUGUAUGCUAAAGUUUUGCUGACUGCUCUCUUUGAGUGAGAGUGUUUCUAAAAUAUUUCCCCUCAGAUUUCUCUAAUUCUCCAGUAUUUGUAACCCAGGUCAUUUGUUUUAAAUCUGACUUGUACCAAAUGUUGAUUUCAACAAGUAAAUCAACAGUCUAAAAAUA